UAAAAGAGCUGCCGGCCGGCCGCUCCGGCACCAGCGCCAGGCCUCAGCAUGGGCAGGGGUGUAAUCUGUUGGUGGAUGGGUACCUCGGUGGGUAAGAUCCUUUUCUACGAGGACAGGAACUUCCAGGGCCGCUCCUAUGAGUGCAGCAGCGACUGCGCAGACGUCCACCUGCAGUUGAGCCGCUGCAACUCCUGCAGGGUGGACAGCGGAUGCUUCGUGGUCUACGAGCGGCCCAGCUUCACGGGGAACCAGAUCUUUCUGAGGAGAGGCGAGUACCCGGACUUCCAGCGCAUGGGGAGCGCGCUGGGCAUGACGGGCGCGGCCCCCAUGGAGACCGUGCGCUCCUGCCGGGUCAUCCCCAUGCACAGCGGCCAGUUCCUCAUGAGGAUCUACGAGCGCGAGAACUUCGGAGGCCGGAUGCAGGAGCUGAUGGAGGACUGCCAGUCCCUGCAGGAGCGCUACAGCAUGUCCGACUGCCAGUCCUGCAACGUGACGGACGGCCACUGGCUCCUGUUCGAGCAGCCCGGCUUCAGAGGCAGGAUGGUGUACCUGAGGCCCGGCGAGUACCGGAGCCUGAGGGACGCGUCCACCAGCAACAUCACGCGGUGCAGCUCGGCCCGGCGCGUCACGGACGCCUGCUGAUGCCCGCCGGCGUUCAGGGAAACCGGGGAGCAGAAAUAAAAGCACAUUUUCACCAAAA